UGUAUAUGAGCGUCAUUACGGUAACUGCGCUUCAACAUGGCGCUGUCCUGUUCGAGCCUCUGUCGCCGUUUGUCUUUGGUCAGACUGUCUGUCCUCAGGACAAACGGGACAGCGACCGUCCUCUAUUCUCCACCUGUGUCCUGUCAGUCCAGGUUACCUCUGUGUAGAAUCUACUCAACAUCCAAAGUUAAUCAUGGUAUUGGUCGAUACGUCACCUCCCGCCUUCAACGAGCAAAUAGCAAGUAUGAAGGGUUCCUCAAAAGAAGAUUUCCCAGCUUUUAUCAGCUCUACCAUACUUUUGUGGAAGGAUUUAAGUUACUGUACCAAGAUGCCAAAGAAGUGAGGAGGAUAAAAGUAAAGAUGUUCACUGCUAGAGUUAAGUUCCAGGAUUUGCCCUACAGAGAGAUGGAGAAACUUAGACAGUUUCGCAGAGACGUGAUCAAAGCUGUCCCGCUGGUGAUGAUAUCCAUCCCUCCCUUUGCCAACUACCUGGUUUUUGUCCUGAUGUACUUUUUCCCCCGCCAGCUCCUGAUCCCUCACUUCUGGACUGCCAGGCAGCAGGUAGAGUUUCGGAGAGUGUAUAAUUCCCUCAGGGCGCGGCAACACUUGCCAGUGCUCAAAGGCCUCGAGCACACCAGCCACAAAGUCAAAGACAGUCAGCUUCAGAGUCGCCUAAAAGAUCUGUGCACUAAAGUGAAAAGUGGAUCAAACCCUCAAGUGUCUGAAAUCCUUGCUGUCCGAAGCCUGUUUUCUGGACCUCCUCUGGGCAUAAAGCGGAUGAGGGUGGAUCACAUGAGGCGUAUCAGCCGGCUGCUCUUCCUGACGCCUCGCCUCCCUGGCUUCCUGAUCGGCCGGAGGCUGAACAGUCACGCCUUUGAGCUCAUGCAGCUGGACCGCGCCCUGAGCAGGAUGGGCCCUCAUCAGCUCAGUGAAUCUGAACUCCGACAGGCUUGUUAUUUUAGAGGACUCAACUCUGACAGUCUAGGUGUUAACCAGUGCCAGGAGUGGUUAUCCCAGUGGCUUCAGGUUUCCUGCUCGUUGAAAGAGUCAGAGGUCUCCCUGCUUUUGCACAACAUUGUGUUUCUCUCUGCCAACUACCCGAAUGCUGUGAAAAGGUCCCACUGACAGGAAGCCAGAAGAAGUCUGUUUUGUGAUCAUUCGUGCACUGGGCAGAAAAACAUCCUACAGAUCUGUUGACAUCAACAAAAAUAUUCUUGGCAAGAUCCUAUGGGAAAAUAAAAAGCAAACAAGGAAACGUGGGUCUGCCAAUAAAGAAAACCAACCCAUUGCUAAACGCUGUAGCAUUGUCCUGUUUGCCAAUUAAAGUUCUUGUCUUAGCCACGACAUCUCUACUCUGACAUAAGGACAAUCUCAGAAGUAUAUUUUGGCUUAAAAUCUCGCUUGGUGCAGUUUUACUGUUUAUGAUGCACUGAACUAUGUUAAGUGGUGAUGUUAAGCUAAUAUCGUGAUUUCUUGUUGCUGUUAAUUUUUUUUAUCAUUUUAAGGCACAAACUUGACAUCUGUUUACUUCCAAGCUAACGCACAUUACAAAGCUGCAAAGACAAAGAGGAGAUUGCGAGUGACAGUUCAGCAGAACUUUGUGAUCUGUUAAUAUUUUGCUUGUGUGGUAAAUUGAUUGGACACAUUCCAUUCAUAACAAUCCACACAGACCCUUUAUGUGGGUUAAAUAUUCACAUUCACUUUUGCUUUAUGUUCCGAUACCUCACUUUGUACUCUGCUCAUAUAUUUUUUUACUGUGGAUAAUGUUGGUCAUGGCAAAAUGGUAGAUAACCCUUAUAAGAGCCUUGGUGGAAGGAACUCGAAAAACAUUCAUGCUGGUGUGUUGGAUGAGAAGCUGAACUUGUUGUACGAGUCAGAUCUGCUGUGAUGGCACUUUACUUUGUUUACGAGAUGUUUUCUUGCUUUAGGGGCUGAAUGACAUUAACUGUCCUGGUCAGAACACGUGAGCACAUUUCAUUCAAGGUUUUUGCCGACUUCAGGGUGAUGGUACAAAGAGGAAGUGCACGUCCCUUGUGCAGGGGUUUGCUGUUGUGAAAUGGGAAAUGUCAUCUGCAGUAUGAGUUGUAAAAGUUAUGGAUCUUUUUUUAAGUAUUUGAUAUUAUUUGCUCCAGUUUUGAAUGUGGUGUUGCUGUGCCAAUACUAUUUAUAAUGCUUGUACUGUAUCUGAAAUAAAUACCUACAUGGUC